AUGACACUCGAAAGCGACGCAGUAGCAGGAGCGACCAUUGAACUCCUCGAGGCGCGCCUGCGCCGCCUCACCUACCUCCUCACCGGCGCCACAGACUGGACAGGCGUCCCAACCGCGCCCGAGAAACCCACGUCACUCGACGAGACAGUCUCCCGCAAACUCGCGCGUCUAGAAAGGGAACUGGAAAGGCUGAGCCGGAGCGUUCCAGCUGUGCGAGAUGUGCUACAACUCCGUAUGUGCCGGGCAGUGGGGAUGUUAUCCAUCCCCAUCACGAACCCAAUACCUCCCUACACCACACGACAUCUACACACCUUCUCCACCCCAUCCUCCAGCAUCCAAUCUCCCCCAAUCCAAUCAAAUUCUACAAAAGUCCACACUAACACCCAAACCCCAAAACCAGACGACCAAAACCCAGACCUCUUCCAAAAAACCCCAACAACCGAAAUCCCCCAGGGCCUAACAACCCAAACCCUCACCUCAAUAAUCCUCUCCUACGCAACCGCCUUCCCAGAAACCGCCUCGCGCCUCACGUCCCUAAACGACCUCCCCGUUCCAGACGCAGCAAGCUCCGCAGCCCUCAUCGAGCUACAGCCGCAGCUGGACCGACUUGCGCGGACGCAGGCUGAGCAGGCGGCUACGAUCUCCGAGUUGCGGGUGCGUAGUGCGCGUGUGCUACAGCGUUGGUAUGACGUUGGUCUUGUUGGGAGUGGUGAGUGUUGGGCGGAGUGGGAGGGGAGACUUGAGGAUGUUGAGAGGGAGGUUAGGAGGAGGGAGGUUUUUAAGGAGAGGAGGGAGGGGGAGGUUUAG